UGAUCAUUUUCCUGCAGCGCGGCCCAAAACCAUUAAGCCAGUACAAAGAUGAACUGCCAAGCUUUCUUCUCGUUAUUUUCACUUCUUCUUCUCUGCCUAAACUGCACCAGAACGUUGGCUCAAUCACCAGCAGCUGCUCCAGUGCAGGCACCGCCAGUCUCCCCAGUACAAUCACCGCCUGCUCCACCUGCACAAGCUCCGUCUGGAGUACAGGUAGCGGCAUCUCCUGGCCCAACCGACGUUGUCAAAAUCCUCGAAAAGGCUGGUCAUUUCACUAUCUUAGCACGCUUGUUAAAAGCCACCCAAGAGAAUUCUGAGUUACUUUCAGAGCUUAAUAACACUAACAAUGGAGUAACCAUCUUUGCUCCAACUGAUAAUUCGUUUUCAAGCCUCAAAGUAGGAACUCUCAACUCGUUAAGCGAUGGACAGAAGGCUGAGUUGGUCAAGUUUCAUGUAGUUCCUGCAUUUAUAUCAAGUUCUCAGUUCCAAACUGUGAGUAAUCCUGUAAGGACACAGGCAGGAACCGGCGGCCGAUUAUCACUUAACGUCACCACAGUAGGGAGUUUGGUGAACAUAGCUACAGGGCUGACAAAUGCAAGCGUUUCUGGAACUGUGUACACAGAUAAUCAGCUUGCUAUUUAUCAGGUUGACAAAGUGCUACUUCCUUUGGACCUUUUUACUCCUAAGCCUCCAGCUCCGGCUCCGGUACCUGGACCAGAGAGCCCCAUCAAAAAGGCUCCUGCUGUGGACAGUGCUACUGUUCCUAACGAUCUUUCUGGUGCAGUAAAUUCAAUUGGGUACAACAAUGUGGCGUCUCUUGCAGUUGCUAUGGUGGCUGCAAUAUUGCAUUAAGAAUUCAAUCUUUUUUUUUUUUUUUUUGAAUAAUUUUGUGGUUAUUGACCCUCUGAAUGAAUCGAUGAA